AUAUUGUUAUAUUACAAAUUAUGAUUUCUUUCUCUUAUUCAUCCUUUUAAAAAAUUCAGCGUACAAUACAAUAAAUGUAACAAAGAGAGCAAUAUAUGAGAUCAAUAUAUUUAUGAUUUUAUAAUAUUGCAUAAACAUGUUACAUGUCAACUCGUCUCAUUAUAUGUAUAAUAUAAUAAUAAUGCGUAUGAUAUAAAUGCGUAGAAAGAAAUACUGAUUUGAAAACUAUUCAAAGAUGAUUUCUCACAUUUUACGCAUUGUCAAACACAACACAGAUACAAAUUCUCAUUUAGCAGAUAUUGAUUUUGUUUAUACUUAAAAUAAUAAAAUGUGCAUUAAAGUUAAAACCUUAUUACUGAUAAACUAGUGGAAACUGUUUAUCACGUUAUCAUAUGUUCUAUUGUAUUUGGAUGGAUAGACACUCCUUUAUCGUGUGUGUAAUUACUUCUUCAGUCUUCAUCAGAAUAAGGAGCGGUAAGUAACGCCAAGUUAACGAUUAGCUUAUGCGUUCGUCGCAUUACUGAAAAUGCUGCGCGCUAUAAUUCUGAUCGUCACCUUUGUUGUAGUUAAUGGUGAUAAAUGCGCACAACGUUCGUGUGGAGAUACCGGUUAUGUGUGUGUCUGUAAUUCGACAUAUUGUGACACAAUAGAAGUGCCGCAAAAACUGCAACAAGAUGAGUUUCUCUGGUACUUUUCUACCAAAGAUGGUAAAAUAUUGGAAUAUUCCAUUAACAAAUUCUCUGUUGAGAAUGAAGCGAAGAAUAAUUGUGUUCUCACAUUGAACAGUAAUAAGAAAUACCAACAGAUAUCUGGAUUCGGCGGAGGAUUGACUGAUUCUGUCGCACUGAAUAUUAAAUCUCUCAGUAAUGACACUCAAGACAAAUUACUCGAAUCAUAUUAUGGUAAAACUGGUAUCGGAUAUACAUAUUGCCGCAUACCUAUCGCAGGUACAGAUUUCUCGACAAGAGCAUAUACAUAUGACGACGUAUCCGACGAUGUUACAUUAAGCAACUUUAGCCUUGUGGAAGAAGACGCCUAUAAAAUCCAUUAUCUAAAGUGUAUGAAAAGAAUUAUGCGUAAUCCAAGUGAUCUAAGAAUAAUGACUGCUCCAUGGUCUCCUCCAACCUGGAUGAAAGAUUCCAACCACAUAAAGUUUGGUUGCUUAAAAAAGGAAUAUUAUCAAACCUACGCUGAUUACAUCCGGAAAUUCUAUGAUGCAUACAAAAUGCAUGGUAUAAUAAUGUGGGGCAUGUCGCCACACAACGAACCCACAGAUGGAUAUAUGCCAAUGUUUCCUUUCAAUUCUAUGGCUUGGUCACCCUUUCAAAUGGCGAUCUGGUCUGUUGACUAUUUAGCUCCAACUUUAUCUAAGGCUGGAUACAAAGAUCUUGUUUAUAUAGCUGUAGAUGAUCAACGUUGCUACUUACCAACGUAUCCUGAUUUAAUGUUCAAAAAUAAGAACGCUGAAAAAUUAUUCUCUGGUAUUGCGGUUCAUUGGUAUGGAGAUAACUUCUUUUCACCCUUAGUAUUAACCGAAACGCAUGAUAAAUAUCCGGACAAAUUUCUACUGAUGACCGAAGCAUGCACCGGUACUUUUGCUACUAAUUUUCUUGAACCAAUCGUAAAUUUAGGAUCAUGGUACCGAGGGGAACAAUAUAUGAAAAAUAUAAUAGAGAAUUUAAGUCAUUGGGUGACGGGAUGGAUAGACUGGAAUAUAGCACUCGAUGAGAAAGGUGGACCAACUUGGGUUGGAAAUUAUGUGGAUUCACCUAUUAUUGUAAAUUCGGAGAAAGAUGAGUUCUAUAAACAGCCUAUGUUCUAUGCGAUUUCUCAUUUCAGCAAAUUUGUGCCACGUGGCUCUUAUGUAAUCUCUUCUACAGAAGAGAAUUGCCUCUCUAAAAAGAUUCAUUCGAUAGCCUUCUUGACGCCCGAACAAAAAGUUAUUGUCGUGAUUGCUAACACAAAUAAUGAAUCUAUUCCUUUGACCAUCAAAGAUGAGAACACAAACAAAAUAAUAAAUAUGAAUCUAUUUCCAAAGUCUUUUAAUACAAUAUCAUAUUUGGCAUACUAA